UUCGCACGGCUGCGGCUGCCUCCGCGCCCCCUCAGCGGCCUGCUCGCUCCGCCGCCGCCGCCGCCGCUCCUGAGGGGAGGCUGGAGCCGAGGACCGGGCGGCCGGACGGAGACGAAGACGAAGACGGCGCCGAGCCCCGCAGAGUUUUCACGUCUUCCACGAUGAAUCCUGUUUACAGCCCCGUUCAGCCUGGGGCUCCGUACGGAAAUCCUAAGAACGUGGCCUAUACAGGUUAUCCUGCUGGAUACCCCACAGCGGCCCCCACCUACAACCCGAAUAUCUACCAGGCCACCAGCCCAGGUUAUGCCCCAGCGACUCUCCUGAUGAAGCACACCUGUCCACAGACCUUGUCCUCUUGUGCCCCGAAAGGGACCACGAACAGAACGUGGCAAGCUUCCAUUGCAGUGUUCCGAUACCCCGCUGGGACUCCCUACAAGGUCCCUCCGACCCAGAGUAAUAAUGCACCGCCACCGUAUUCCCCGUCUCCCAGUCCGUACCAGACAGCGAUGUACCCCAUCCGAAGUGCCUAUCCGCAGCAGAACCUGUACGCCCAGGGAGCCUACUACACACAGCCUGUCUACGCGGCACAGCCCCACGUCAUUCAUCACACCACCGUGGUCCAGCCAAACAGCAUCCCGUCGGCAAUUUACCCAGCUCCAGUGGCUGCUCCGAGGACCAACGGUGUGGCCAUGGGGAUGGUGGCGGGGGCCACCAUGGCCAUGUCAGCAGGCACUCUGCUGACGACCCCACAACACACUGCUCUGGGGGCACAUCCCGUCUCAGUGCCAACAUACCGGGCGCAAGGGACCCCCGCCUACAGCUACAUCCCUCCACACUGGUAAUCCCAUUGGCCAGUCCAUAUCUGGAGUCAGACAUCGUAUGCAAGAAGGCGAGUGGUGGAGCAGCUGCCCCAGGGCACCAGGGCUGUUAGCAAGAGCAGAAACAACCCACCUCAAGGGUCAUAUGAUGCAUCCUUUAGGAUUUUGAUUUUUUAACAAAACGGCUUUUGACUUUUGGGGUAAAAGCCCCUGUCCCCUUC